GCGCACUUGAAGGCAGCAGCAGCGGCGCCGCGCAGAGAAACAAGAUGGAGGACUACCCGACGAACAGCAGCACGAAGCAGACGGAGAACCUCGACGAGCCUCCCAACAGCCGGCUGUUCGUGGUGACGAGCCGGUCCAUCACGGAGGAUGAGCUCCGGGAGCAUUUCUCCGUGUACGGGGACAUCCACGGGGUGUGGGUGGUCAAAGACAAGCAGACGAAGGAGUCCAAAGGCAUCGCUUACGUCAAGUUCGCGAAGUCAUCGCAGGCCUGCCUGGCCAUGGAGGAGAUGCACGGCAAGGUGCUGAUGGACGGGACCAAGCCCGUGAAGGUGUUCAUUGCCCAGUCAAGAUCAUCAACAAGACACCGAGACGUCGAGGACGAGGAGUUGACCAGGAUCUUUGUCAUGAUCCCCAAAUCUUUCUCAGAGGAGGACCUUAAGAACACAUUCAAAGAGUAUGGUGAUAUUGAGUAUUGUGUGAUCAUCAAGAACAAGUCCACAGGGGAGAGUAAAGGCCUGGGCUACGUGAGAUACUACAAACCCUCCCAGGCUGCCAUCGCUAUAGAGAACUGUGACAAAACUUACAGGGCCAUCCUGGCUGAACCUCGCACCAAGGCCCCAGUAACAGAAGACUACUCCGGGGGAAUGUCCAGAGGCGAUUACUCGAGCGGCGGUGGCGGUGGUGGUGGUGGUGGUGGUGGUGGUGACUCCACGAACCAGUAUGCCUUCCCAAUGGCUGACCCCGGUAACUACCAGGCCAUGGACUACCGCUCCACCGGAGACUUCACGCGCUGCCUGAUGAUGUCGACACGGGCUGCACUCAGCCAGGAGCAGGUCUUUGCCCUCUUCGACAUCAUUCCUUGCAUGGAAUACUGUGAGCUGCAGAGAGACGCUUAUGGAAUGAGCAAAGGUCACGCUCUGAUUCGCUACGCUAAUCUUGGAUCAUCGGUCUAUGCCAAGGAAAAGCUGAAUGGCUUUGAAUAUCCGCCCGGCAACAGACUGUCAGUCAAUUUUGUUGACGACGGAGAGGACCGCAGCAGUCCUGUAGGUCGGAUGGCGAUGCAGUUUGUUGCAACUCAGAUGAUGUCUGCACAGUGGAACGGCCCCUCCUCCAGCCAAUCAAUGAAGCCUCCUAGUUUCCCCGUCUCCCCGAUGCUCCGGAUUCAGACCGACGUCAGCCUGCCGCCUCUGAAGAAGCUCGCUCCGCCUGACAGCAAGACCAAGGAGCGCUUGUUUGUUGUGUUCAGUCCCUCCCCGCUGCCCCCGGAUGUGCUGGAGGACGUUUUCUGUCGCUAUGGUUCCCUAAUUGAGGUCCAUUUGGUUCCUGGGAGGAAGGUUGGAUACAUGAAGUAUUCAGAAAAACAGUGUGCAGACGACGCCAUGGCAGCCCUCCACGGUCAGGUCGUCAACGGAGUAAAGAUGAAGGUGAUGCUGGCCGAUCCUCCCAGAGAGGAAUCCCACAAACGUCCUCGUACCUACUAGGACCAUGUGACCCAAAUGACCGGCGACUGUUGUCAUGACACAAUGACACCUGACCUGACCGACCGACCGAUAUCAAGACCUUCACCCGACCACUGACCCGACCUUUGACACCAGUCUGACCAUACUUCUUGCCAGUGACCUUGCUGUGACUCACUGAUAGAAAAUAGUAAGCGAUGGCAGCCACUACUAAAAAUGAAGUCUUAAUCACAUUUAGUCUGUGUAGUCUGUGCUAAGCGUCAUGUUUUUAUGCUUUUUUAAGUUCAGAAAUCUCUCGAGUUUUCAGUUCAUUUUAGUUCUGGUGGUUUGCAGCCUUUUUAUUCCUGAAAAUCUGGGCAGGUAAAGUUUUUAAGAUGGAUCUAGACAUUUGGUUUUUUUUCAGAUCUGGUUCUUACUUUUUCCUCUGGUAUAACCUGUCACCUCAUGUUGAGCUUAGUUCAAAGGUGUUAAUCAGACUAACUGUGAACUUUUCUUUGUCAGUAAAAAUAAAAAUCAGAUG